CAUCUUUAUUAACCUUCAACUAACUCUUUCUUCGAGCCACACAAAGAAACCACUUUUCAUCAUUCCACUCGUCAACCAAGAAAAUCUCUCUUAUAUAUAUAGCCCUUGGUUUCCCUUAUCAUUCACUUUCACCCUCAGAAUGACGACUAAUACUAGUAAUUUGAGUUUGAAGCUUCUGCUAGACUCAAAGAAUAAGAAAGUGCUGUUUGCAGAAGCCUCUAAGGAAGUGGUGGACUUCCUCUUCACCUUGCUUCAGUUGCCACUUGCUACCGUCAUCAAGCUUUUAACCAAGGAAGCCGUGGUUGGUUGCUUGGGGAAUCUCUACUCUAGCGUUGAAAACCUCAACCAUGUUUACAUGCAACCAAACCUAUCUAAGGAUCUUAUCCUUAAUCCAGCCAUUCUUGGCUCUUCACCUUCCAUCUCGGGCCUCCUCCCUUCAGCUGCUAUAAACCACUCCAACAUGACUCCAAAGUUGUUCAGGUGCUCACAAAGUUGUUCCUAUACUGUAACAGAUGUGUACGAUUCUAUUUGUGCCGCGUGCCGUACUGGUCGUAUGACUGCGAAAGUCAACUAUAUCAAGGGUGAAGCCCCGGCCACGGCGGCACCUAAUAAGAGCAAUAAUGGGUUUGUGAAAGAAGUAAUAACUUACAUGAUCAUGGAUAAUCUUCUCAUUCAGCCUAUGUCAACCAUAUCAGGCAUCACCAUGCUUAACCAGUUCAAUGUCAAGGAUGUUGGUGUCUUGAAAGAAACCGUUGUUCAGCUUGGCAUGAAAGAGGGCUUAAAGCUACUCAAGGCAUCCAUGGAGUCUGAGAAGGUUCUCACAACCGUUUUCUUAGCUUGAUGCAUUUGGGAUCUUAAGAAUUUAAAUUAAUAUAUAGUUUAAUAUCUAGUAUGAGAUCGAUCUCACUAUGUUUUAUCUCCUUUGAUUUUUGUUGGCUUUGCUUAAAAUUAAUACUAAGACUGCGUUUCUUUGUUUUAGGAUGUGUUUGUCUCUUAUUAUUUAUGCAGCUUUCCGUUUCAUGAAUUUUGACUUUUGAGUGCUUGGUGAGAUCUUUUGUA